AUAGAACUAUAUAUAAAUCGUUCAAAUAUAAAUUUAUCGAAAUACGUUUCGUUUAACGAGAGACAACAUUUUCUUUAUCGAAAUAAGAGAAAACAAAUAAAGCGCGUGAGAUACUACAGCUGGUACGAGUGAGAGUGGCUAAAAAAAUCAAACCACAUUUUGCCAUCGAAGCAGACACGUUAACCAACUAACAAACAAUCCUGUAUAAAAAUCUCUCCUCUUCAGUCUUCAUCAUCUUCCACCAUCUCAAAGGACCCUUUUUUUACAAUUAUACCCUUCUCCUUCCCAGUUCUCUCAUUAUCCUCCUAACAUUUCUUCUCUAGAUCUGAGAAAUCACCAUGGGAGUCGCUGUUCUUCAUCCUCAUGAUUCUAUAAUCAAUCAUUUCUCCACAAACACGUCCCCUCCUCUCCGUCAUAAAAAACCGAUCACCAAUCGCCGUCGCCGGAGUCCGUCAAGUCACCAAUCCCAGAUCUCUCAUCCUCCUCCGUCUCCUCAUAACCACACCAAUCAUGUACGAAUUCUGAAGCGUGGCGAAGAUAUCAACGUUAAGAUACCGAUUGAAAAACCAGAUCUGAAAUCUAAUCGUCAGAUCGGAUCAGAUCCGAUGAAAAUUUCGACUCCGAUCAGAAUUUCAAAUCGGAAAUCCAUGCCGGCUUUGUUUUACGCUGGUCCAGUCACAUCAACAUCUCCGCCGCCGAGUGAAGUCCCUUUACCGGCUUUCUUCGCUAAUAAAACCGUCGCCGGAUUCAAACCGACCGAUGCAACCAACGAUCUGAUCAAAAUCCUGCGAUUAGAUAUCGCAUGAUUCAUUUCUUUCUCCGAUCAUCCAAAUCCGUCUUAAACCGGUCCGAUCUCGCAUUCUCUCCGAUCAUGGGGAUUGAAAAGAGUGUCUUCGUUAUGAAACGUUUUCGAAUUCUUCUCUUAUUUUUUCAAGGGGAAGAUCGAAGAAGUAAUCUUCUUAAACAAGUCUUAGUUUUGCUUGUAGCUAGGAUCAAUGUGUAGUAUAUGUGAAUAAGCUUUUCGCAGUUCUUUGUCUAUUUCUAGGUUCUUUUUGAAUAAAUCUAAAUGGCUUGUAAGUUGUAACGUAAGUGGUAUCGAUGCAAUUUGAUUAGUUGGGAACAAAGCACGGCUAAAUCGUAGACCAUUGGGAAAAUAAAAAUCUCAAAGCGUAGACAAGAACUAGAAAAAAAUAACAUUCAUUUAAUUCAUAUCAAACAACAUAUGAACGUUUAUAAUAACAUUAAUGUAUAUGGAGUUUAAACUUAUAAAUUUAAACCUAUAUGUACUUAGAAAUUGAAAAAUACACUUUGAGAAAAUAAAAUUGAUAACGUCG